AGAGGAGAAACAGAGUAAAAAGAAAAUAAAAAAAAGUAGAUUCCCAGGCUCAAAUUAGUUUCUGUUCUUUUUUUCUCUCCCACAUUUGUGUGUUUUGUGCCAAAAGGAUCUCCAGUGGGUUCAGACAAAGAUUCUGGGAGAAAGAUCUUGAAUGCUGAUGAUAGAACACAAUGCGUGUUGCGCUGCGGCCUCGUAGUGGCUGCUUGGUGCUCUGUCUGUGCUUGUCUGUGAUCACCCUGCUUCUCCAGAGCCUCUGGGUGCCUCUUGAAAUGACCAGAAGUGAAGCUGCUGGGAAAUCGCCUGACGAACAGAGUGAUGGUCUUCACAGGCUGGCUGUUCGAUUGGAGGCCUUGAAUACUCAGGUGCAAAAACUGAGCAGCAAGAGGGAUAAGAUGAUGAACAGGAAUGAUCUUAGUUUACUGCUGCAGAGCUUUCGACAAGACCAGCAGGAAUUGGCCCGCCUGGUACAGCAGGAGCUGCAGAGAGUGUCUGAGCGACUCGAUCAGCUCACUCUUCAUCAUCAUCAUCAUCAUCAUCACCGCCAUCACACUACCACUUUAACUCCACUGACUUACAUGAGACCGUUAAAUAGUAAAUACAGUAAAGGUCUUAAUGAGAAGUGUGAGGUGCCAACAGAUCCAGCGUUUCCACUGUGUGCAGAGAAGGUGGAGUUCCUGAGUGCACAGUGGCAGUCAGACCCCUGUUAUGCAUUUUAUGGCGUGGAUGGCUCCACCUGCUCAAUAUUAGGUUAUCUUAGUCAGAUAGAAGACUUUUGUCCAGCCCAACCUAAAAUAAAUAACACAACAGUGCCAUGGCAUCCCAUAACCCCUUCUUAUGCAAAGAAGACUUUCAUACGUGAUACUCUGAGCCCACUGUAUGAGGUGAUCAGCAACAGCAGCAGCCCUGCAGUUACGUUUAUCCAAUCCAGAGUGAAGAGGAUGUCUGAAAGGUGGACAUGGGCGGGUAAAAGAAUGAAGCAGAGUGGGAAGAUGACAGGCACCCCUCAGAUGAAGGUGCUGCUUUAUCUCGGCGCGCUUGCUGGCAGUGUUGGUCAGCGUUUUGAAGCAAUUGUGAAUAGAGGGGGUCCUCUUGGAGAACUGGUCCAGUGGGCUGACCUCAGCGCCUGUCUCACCAUCUUGGGACACAACCUGACCUUCAGCACCUCACAACAUCAGCUACAUCGACUGAUAGGUGCUGCUCCAGGUCAUGGCAGCUGUCCAAUCCAGAGACCUCUCACCUUUGACCUCAUCUAUACAGACUACCAUGGGCUUGCCCACCUACAUAGAGCUAUGGGACUGGCCUUCAAACAUUACCAGUGCCGUUUCAGGAUCCUGGAUUCGUUCGGCACAGAACCAGCCUUUAAUUUGGCAAGUUAUGCACAGAGUCAUGGAUAUAAAACCUUGUGGGGCAGCUGGGGUCUUCAACCUCUGCAGUAUAUGACCAUGUUCCCUCAUACUCCUGACAAUUCCUUCCUUGGCUUUGUUAGUGAAGAGGCGGUAAAGAAGGAGUUGAGGGGUGAUGAGCUCAAGCCAGAGAGCUACAAGAAAGAGAAGAUAGCAGUGGUCUAUGGAAAACAGGAAUACAUGUGGCAGGAUAAAUCGGAAUAUGUGGAAACAAUCAGCGAGGAAUUGGAAAUUCAUGGCACAGUCUACCAGCCUCCUGGACUCGCCUCUAAGCUACCCAGUUUCGUCAAAAACCACGGACUUUUGUCCCAGGAAGAGUUUCUGCAGCUUCUUCGCAGGACAAAGGUGUUUAUAGGUCUAGGAUUUCCCUAUGAGGGUCCUGCUCCUAUUGAGGCCAUAGCUCUGGGCUGUGUGUUUCUUCAGCCACGGUUUGACCCUCCUCACUCAUCCCACAACAAUGACUUCUACAGAGGGAAGCCCACUACCAGACAGAUUACUUCACAGCACCCUUAUGCUGAGAAAUUCAUAGCUAAACCAUAUGUGUGGACUGUGGACAUGACCAACAGGACGGAGAUUAGGGAAGCGGUCAAGCAGAUUCUACAGACUGAGGUGAAACCUUUCACUCCUCCAGAGUUCACUUGUUUGGGAAUGUUGGAGCGAGUACACCGCUAUAUCAGUCAACAGGACUUCUGUGGUAAAUCUGUCACCAUGCGGCCUCCAGAAGGUGUUCUAAAGGUUCACCUGGGUCCAUUGGGUGAGGCCUGUGUGGAUGUGUGUCAGCACUCCUCGCUCAUGUGUGAACCUGCUCUCUUUCACCACCUCAACACCCCUGACAUAUUUACCAGGCUUGGACUGAGCUGCUCCAGCAUGAUGCAGGAAGCCAAUCAUUUGUUUCCUUCUUAUAGCCCUUGGGGUCGUCUUUGUGGCCUGCAGCAGGAGCCCCUUCUGUUCAGCUGUGCUGGAUCUGACUCUUCACAACGCAGAUUGUGUCCUUGUAGAAGACUUGCUUAAACUACCUAUGAAUAGGAAUAUUGAAGAACUCAGGAUCAUUGUAAUGCAAUGUUUGAAGUUAAAAUCUUCAGCAAAAUGGAAGCUCUAACAAGACUAUAUAUAGUGUUUCCAAUCUUGCUUGUUUUGUUUAUAAUCUGAAGUCAAAAGCUAGAUAUGAUAUUUGUUAUGCUUACACAUACACACAUUUUUAUUAAAUGCAUGUACAU